AAAAUGUUGGGUAGUGUGAUCCGUCAGGCAGUUUCCCGGCAAAUUGUCCGAAAUUCGCCAAUUUCCACCACCGCUGCUGUUGCCCAGACCAACCAGACUGGCGAUAAGAAAGAAUCUCCAAAAAAACCAACUAUCUGGAAAAUCGACGAACACAAACGUGAACGGUUGGCUAAUUUUGGAAAGUAUGCAGCCGAGUGCCUGCCAAAGUUUGUGCAAAAAGUGCAAUUUGCAGCCGGAGACGAGUUAGAGCUCUUGAUUCAUCCAUCAGGAGUUGUUCCAGUUCUUUCCUUCCUUAAAGGAAAUCAUUCUGCUCAAUUCACCAACUUAACCUUCAUCACCGGAAUGGAUGUUCCAACUCGCAAGAAUCGUCUUGAAGUUAUUUAUUCGCUUUACUCUGUUCGAUUCAACGCCAGAGUUCGUGUUCGUACAUACACUGAUGAAAUUGCUCCAAUCGAUUCUGCCACUCCAGUUUUCAAGGGUGCUGACUGGUUUGAGCGUGAAGUGUACGAUAUGUAUGGAGUAUGGUUCAACAAUCACCCAGAUCUUCGAAGAAUUCUCACUGAUUACGGUUUCGAGGGUCACCCAUUCCGCAAGGAUUAUCCACUUUCGGGAUACAACGAGGUCCGCUACGAUCCAGAGCUGAAGCGUGUCGUCUAUGAACCAUCUGAAUUGGCUCAAGAAUUCCGUAAAUUCGAUUUGAACACUCCAUGGGAGACAUUCCCAGCCUUCCGUAAUCAGUCGAUCACCAGUGGAUACGAAACGAUCCUUGAAGUUGCUGAGCCAACACCAGCUACUCCACAGAACAAGUAGAUAAAAUGAUUCCGAUUUUUGUUUUAAUUUUACUUCUUCUUCUGAUAAAUAGACUCAUUUUCUGUUAGUGUGGAUUUUUUUGAAAAUAUAAACAUUAAAAUUUUACGUG